CCUGGCUCGGUUUCUGUCUCUUUCUUAUGCCCCGAUCCGCUCUGUAAUAAAGUUCAGCCAUUUUAUUCCUUUAAUUUAUUUCUCGUCAAACGCAGGUGCAGAACGCCGUUUUGAACUUGGUGAUCGGCUUCAGGGAUUCGUUUCUAUCAUUUUUCUUCAUAAAAAGUUAAAGAUUUUUGCUUUGUGCAAAACAGAGAUUAGAGAUAAGAGAGACAUGGCAAAUCAAGGUGCCAAGAAACGCAAGGAAGAGAAUGCUCGUCAUAUGGAAAAGCUUCGUCGCCUCAUCAUUGCUUGCAAUGUGAUAUAUAUCGUGGUGAGGAUGCUGAUCUACCAUUCUUCAUUCACAUGGAAACAAUUGAUGGGCUUAGCGUUGACAAGUGUGGCAUAUGUAAUUCCAUAUCACCAGCUUGCUUCAAUGGCCAAACCUACUUAUGCCUAUGAUGGGGAUCUUCUUGACGGUGGAUUUGAUAUGAGCACUGGUGGAAUUUGUGGCUAUAUGCAUGACAUAAUCUACAUUACAAGCUUUGUGCAAAUCAUGUCCAUCCUCUCUGAGAAAUUUUGGUACACAUACCUAGUGAUACCGGCCUAUGGAGCAUACCAAUCCUUUGGCUUCAUCAAAGGAUUUUUGCCGCAAGGUUCUGAGGGAGUCAUGGAGGACGAGAAGACACGGAAAAAGAGAGAAAAGAUGGAGAGGAAGGUUUCUCGAGGCAAGUUUGUCAAGACAAGAACCAGAUAGUGUAACAACUUAUAUGAACUCUCGUCAACAAAUGUUGCUCUUAACCUUUGCACUGUUAGUCAUUGUAAGUGUUGAACUGCCUAGUGCAAGAAGUGAAAUAGUCAUGGAUGAACUUGAACUUUGCUUUGCCAACCGAAAGAAAAACUGAGAGAUUUUGAUGUAAUCUUUUGUUAGGAGUUUUUAGAGCUUGUCAAAAGUUGGUACUUCAUAUACACAAUUUUCAGGCACUGAGAGCUAGCGUGCAUGCUGCUGUGACUUGUUGCAUAUUAUUACUGAACUAGCAUCAUAAUUAUUAAAAAAAUAAUGGAUUGAUGAACUUUUUUAUUUUA